GCAGUUACAGGGGAGAGAGAGAGAGGAAGGGAGGGAGAGAGAGAGAGACUGGAGAAAGGGGGCUGGCAGCACAUAAUCGCAGCAGCCUGAUCCAGUCACUCAUCAACUAGAGCGUUCAUAAUUUCGGUGGCGUCCACAUAUGGGAAUACAGCCUGCGAUCACACCUGGUUCUGGAGGACACCGGAGGACCCGUGCGGGAAAAGGGCGUCCAAAUUCUGAGGGACCAGGCAGAGAGAGAGAGAGAGAGAGAGAGAGAGAGAGAGAGAGAGAGAGAGAGAGAGAGAGAAAAGGACAGAGAGGGGAGAGCGCGGCAUCCUAAACACCAUCCGAUCUUCCCUCGAAGAGGAUUGCUGGUUUGACUGACUCAUCUGUUUUUGUUGGAGCAGAUCAGGAGUCAGAAGUGCCAACCAAUCUACAUCAAAGCUGAAAUCUAAAGAAAGAGCCUCACGGUGCUAUAAAAAGUGAGAACACACUCCUGUAGCACUUCAGUGUCCAAGAGUUUAUGGACUAAAGAUCCUCAGAGUCCUCAAAGGACGCUGUCUUGGGACUUUGGACGAGUCUUGUUGGGAGGAAGAAGAGAUCAGAUGGUGUGGCAUCACCUUCUCCCCUGUCAGCCCCACUUUAAAAAGGCGGAGGUCACAGGAUUCCUGCUUCGUGCAGAAAUUUAAGGAUCCGCACCAUACUUGGACAAAAGAACGUUCCUGAUAAUGGCACCUGCAUGCAUACUCAGACUAAGAGCCUGGCUCUUCAUGGUGUUUCUGUGCCUGACAGCAAACACUGGCGUGCUUCGGUUUGCUGCAGCCACUAUACAAGGGUACAUUGAGGACAUUGACAUGACGUGCCCAUCUGUAUGCAGGUGUGAUGAGGACUUUAUCUACUGUAAUGAUCGUGGGCUGAGCUCCAUCCCAUCGCUGCCCCCUACUGCAUCUGUCCUCUAUCUUCAGAACAAUCACAUAAACAAUCCAGGCCUUCCCAUCUCCUUGGAGCGCCACCUUUCCGUUCGUGUGGUCUACCUCUAUGAUAAUGAACUGGAUGAGUUUCCCAUGCACCUGCCACCAUCUGUGCAUGAACUACAUUUGCAAGACAACAAUAUCCGUACCAUUCCUCGUACUACUUUGGCUCGGAUGCCCUUGUUAGAAAAGCUCCACUUGGAUGACAACUCAAUCUCCACUGUCUCCAUUGAGGAUCAGGCGUUUGCUGACAACCCACGGUUGCGCUUGCUUUUUCUUUCACGGAACCACCUGUCUAGCAUCCCCUCAGGAUUACCAAACUCUCUGGAAGAACUUAGACUAGAUGAUAACCGGAUCUCCACUAUCCCCACCCAUGCCUUCAGAGGCCUCAGUUCACUUAGAUGUCUUGUUUUGGAUGGGAACCUUCUGGCAAACCAACGCAUAGCAGAUGACACGUUCUCCCGCCUUUCUAACUUGACCGAGUUGUCCCUAGUCCGCAACUCCCUCCAAACCCCUCCUGUCAACCUGCCCAGUGCCCAUUUGCAGCGACUGUCUCUACAGGACAAUGCUCUGACACAUAUGCCACGUGGCUCCUUGGAUGGCAUGCACAGGCUGCAGAGGUUGGACCUCUCAGGAAAUAACCUGACUACACUACCAAGGGGACUGUUUAAAGACCUUGAAAACCUUGGACAGCUGCUGGUGCGUGGAAAUCCCUGGCACUGUGGCUGCAACCUACGAUGGCUGUAUGACUGGUUGCAUGCUCGUGGUAACUCCAUCACUGUCAGAGGUCUCACUUGCCAUGGGCCUGACCGGGUGCGAGACAUGGCCCUGAUUGACUUGAGCAGUGAAAUGGAGGAAUGCGAGGUCGUGAAAAUCACAGCAACUAAAGACAAAGUGACAGUGGGUGGAGCUGAGAGCUCUACCACCAACACACCUCCACAGGGUUCUCUCUUCACCCUCCGCUCAAAGAGACCUGGUCUGGGGCUCCCUGACUCCGGCUUAGACUACACAUUAAGCAGCAGCGGUGUGGGGAAGAGCUUGGCCUUAAAUGUUAAGCCUCUAUCUCACAACAGUGUCCGUGUUACCUGGAGUGUGGCUCAACCAAGCUCUUCUUUCAGGCUGAGCUGGCUUCGACUUGGAACCGGGAACGCCAUGGGUUCCAUCACAGAGACCCUUGUUCGGGGUGAUCGUCGAGAGUAUUUGCUCACGUCCUUGCAGCCACGUUCUAGCUACAUCAUCUGCAUGGUGCCACUGGCUGCCUCUUCAGAAAACAAAGUCACUAUUUCUGGAGAUACUGACUCAGAUGAAGCACUGGUCUGUGCAAAAGCUGAGACCUCAGACCUGAGUCCACAGGAGGAGGACGAUGAAAAAUCACAGCAGAUAACAGUUCUGCCUCUUGCAGGGAUUAUUGGUGGGGCUACUGCAACAAUGUCUCUAGCUCUUAUUUUUGGUGUCUUUUGUUGGUAUGCACAUAGAACUGGCCAUUUAUGUUCCCGUGACCACUAUACCCGCAACAGUUCCCGAAAAAGUAAAAGCUAUGAUGAUUAUAUUGAGUCUGGCACCAAAAAGGAUAACACCAUCCUUGAGAUUCGUGGCCCAGGCUUCCAGAUGACACCUAUGCCAGCCUGCCAGCCAAUGCAGCCCAAACCCUUGCGAGAGGAUUACAUCAUUCACACAAUAUUCCCCUCCAAUGGCACUGGUGGAUACAAAGGUUCCAACCAUGUUUCCAAUGCUGGACAUGUCACCAACCGUGGCUAUAGAGAAGGAGGAAUUCCAGAUAUAGACUAUUGUUACACAUGAUGUAUUGUGCCAGAUGCUGUUCAUAUUGUAAUUGGUAAACUGUAUAGAUGCACAAUUUCCCUUGGCAUGGACACUUCUGAAGCACCCCUCUGUGCCUUCUUCUUCUGGUCUCCCAUUCCAAAACGACCUACUGUUCAUUACAUUGAAAGUACUGGAUGUGAUUAAAUGGAAACUGUGUAGGAACACUUCCCUGCAGGAGGCGGCAGUCAAUGCCCUAGGUGUAAAUGCACAGUUGAGUGUUUCUUCACCAUCUUAGUAAUGGCCUGUGUAUGAUUUCUUUUUUUGCUCUUUUCCUGUGACAUGUAAGAAUGUAUCCUUUGUGGAAAGGUCAAACCUUAGCGUGAGCGCAGGUAGAGUUCCUCUCGCACACACGGGGGUCGCAGCAGUCAGUUCAAAAAGGAUUCAUUAAUGAUGAGAAACAAACAUUUUUGGUACUCUGUUUUUCCUGCUCACCAGUCACACACACACACACACACACACACACACACACACACACACACACACACACACACACACAGUACAUCGUCUUAUUGACUCGUUAUUCCAAAUGCCUCAACUAUAUUGAUGUGCCCUACCAGCAGAAAGGGCUUUUUAAAGCUGUGAAUUGUUCAGUUUCAAACAACACAAUAACCACUUGUCUUAAAGUAGGUUUUUUAUUUCCUAAUUUAGCAGAUGGCAGGGUUCCUCUGAGGGCUGGUCGGCAUUGGUGAUCCCUCUUCAGAUCAUUCGCCUGAUAUCAGUAAUGUAGUCUUGCAUCAGAUGUAUCGCAGCACACGUGUGUUGUUUAUUAACUUUGUUACCGACUGGGCUGUGUUUUGAAAAUGCUUUGCUUUUUUAGUGGUUUGUUGAAUAAUGAAAUUCUGCACAGCUGUCUUUAUUUAUUUUGUUCUUUAUGAAAUUGGUUCUAUCUCUGCAUAAACUGCCUUUUUCAAAUGUAAACCACCAUGCUUUACGAUGUGGAUGAAACCCAGUGUUUGCUUGGUUUCAUUUGAUCAACAGGUGAAAAAAGAUCCUACCGAUGGCUGUCGCCAGUUUUAUGUUUUGUCAAAACCUUUUGAGUGAUUUCCUCAACGAGACUGUUUGUACUUCUUUGUAGUUUCCAAAUUAGACACCACCCAAGGCUAGCAUGUCACCCCAACAAUACGUUUAAAGUCAAUCUCAACCACUCUCUUCCAAUGUUUGUGUCUGUGUGCUUCACCUGUGACUUGAAUUGCUGACCUUUUGGUUGUAAACUGUUUCCCCCGACCUUCUGACAGACUGGAUAAACUCCUAAUGUGGUGCCUCCUACUGGAGGAAGAAUCUCGUGAGUGACCUGGAAGACGAGGCCAAGAACUGUGAGUGCAUUUGAGGAGACUCGAACCGCAACACUGUUGACCUACACUGUGGGGCGGCAGCCAAGCUGAGUGGGUGGGUGGACAGGUGGUGGGAGGAGUGCAGGGAGGUGAGGUGACUCACUGGUGUUUGUUUUAGCAACAGAAAAGGCCUCCACUCAUCCCACCUCUUUAUUACUGAGCAGCACUAAAAAUGUAAAUGUAUUAGCACUUAGCAGGGAAGAGGGAUAAAUAUAAUGACAGGUACGGGGAAUCGGAGGUAAGGACGCAUUCCCUUGUACUGUCACACGGAUACAGAAUUGAUGGUUCCAGCAUUAUUGAGUUCACCAAUACAUAAAUCUGUUUGUCACUCCUAGAUCCUACCCCUGGGCUUAUAUUCUCCAUCAGUUGUUUAUCACUGUGUCGCUUCCAAAGGGGAAACCAAUUGUGCUUCCUUGACUGUUCUGUCCGGCAGAGUUUUACACUGGUGUCAGACAAAUACGUCAGUGGAAUGUAUAAUUUACUUUGCACCCAUAAUUACUGGCUUAAACAAAUCCUGCUGGCCUGGCUGAUUCUGUUUUGGGGAAUGUUGAUAUAGUGUAAUUGUUAUUUUAUAGUGGGUCUAUUAAAGUUGCGUACUCCCUCUUCAUUUGUAUAAAUAAAACCAUGGCCACAGCCACAUUUUUUCCGGUGAAAUUAUAAAAAGUAUUGGUGCCAUACCUUUGCGUUAAAAGAAAAAAAUGAUGUAAACCUGAGAUAUGUGUGGAGUUUGGUUUAUAAAUUCAUCUUCAGAGGGGGAUCAAUAAAAGUUUUAUAAUCUUGUUA